AUGUGGACUACCGUGCCACUGGCCAAGGUCAUGCUACGCUUUGAAGAAAUAAUUUUUAAGGAGGAGGGCGGGUCGACCACACUCAUCCCCACUACUGAGGAUUUCUGGAGGAAUAAACAGAACAAGAAAGAUAUUUACCCUGUGACCAAAGAUAACUACAGGAAUCAAACGCCCCUGCUUUUCACCAAUAUAAAGUUCACACUUGAGGGAAAAGACAGACAUGGAGCUGAGAAAGAUGAGGAGAACGCGGAGAAACUUGUCACAGAUCUGGGAUACGAGGUGGUGAAAUACACAAACCUCACUGCAAAGGCCAUCGAUGAAGCUCUAAUCCAGUUCUCGGAACAUCCAAAACUCCAAGGAACAGACAGCGUGAUGGUGAUUCUAAUGUCUCACGGCAAGCCUGAUACUAUCCUAGGUGUUGACUGGUGUCGAACCUCAGAUGAACCGGAUCAGUUCCCAAUCAAUGACAUUUACAAACACUUGGGUCCAGAGAAAUGUCCGGCUCUGCUGAACAAACCAAAAAUCAUAAUCAUAGGGGCCUGCAGAGGAGAUGAGAAAGGUGCUGUGCUGGUGAGCCACUCUGCGGCUGGGCCUGAUAAACCCGGACUAUCUCCUGAUAGUCAGCUAACAUUGGAACACAGAGAAAAAGACGUCAUCUCUCUUCUCUCCAGCACGCCUGGCACCGUGGCAUAUAGAGAUACGGUACGGGGGUCUUUGUUAAUCCAGGCUAUUGUCAAAAUAUUCAACACCCACGCAUUUGAGAAUGACAUCGCGCAACUUUUCCAAAAGGUGAUGCAACGCUUUGAAGAGUUCUGCCCUUCAAACAUAAGGCAGAUGCCGACCAAGGACAGAUGCACACUGACAAAACGCUUCUACUUUUAUCCAGGUCUCAAUCUUGUUUGA